AACUAAAACAAUAAGCUGUGUAAAUUGUCAAAAGUUAAAACCGAAUAGGUUAUAAAACAAUUGGAAGUUAAUUUAGUGAAAGGAAUAUUCUUAUAGUUUUAUUUAAAUAAGCAAAAUGUCGAUUUUUAUAAGAGGUGUGCGCACUCAAAGGGUUUUGUUGCAACGAAUGUAUGCCUCCUCUAAGUCCUCAGAUGCAACCAGCAGUACAGAAAGUAAAACAAUUCCUAAAAACUUACUCGAAGGCAGUCAAACCUCGCAUCUACAACCCGAAAAUGGUGCAAUUUUUGAUAAAAAACCGUUUAAAAUUCAUUUGGAAGCAAAUAAAACUUACAGUUGGUGCUUGUGUGGAAAAUCGAAAAAUCAACCUAUUUGUGAUGGCAUGCACAAAAAUGAAUUCUUGAAAAUAAAAUUAAGACCCGUGAGAUUUCAAGUGGAAAAAACCGGCGAUUACUGGCUGUGCAAUUGUAAGCAAACGAAGCAUCGUCCCUUCUGCGAUGGCACGCACAAACAACCUGAUAUUCAGGCUGCUGUACGUUAAACGGAUUAAAAAUACCAACUGCCAGUGUUGACUAAACAAUAUUUACGUUUUUAUUUGAUAAGCAUUUGCGACGAUUAUUGUUUAUUAUAACAGCUAACGUUCCAACUCAAUAAAAAAUGAUAUUGAAACUCAUGUUUUUAAUACAAGCAACAGUUCGA